AGAGAGAGAGAGAGAGAGAGAGAGAGAUGGAGCUAGAGCGGCUGAGAGAGGCGGUAGAGAAGGUGGAGCUUGUGGACGGCCACGCCCACAACAUAGUGGCCCUCGAUUCCACCUUCCGUUUCGUGAAAUGCCUCACCGAAGCCGAAGGCGAGGCCUUGUCCUUCGCGCCUCACUCUCUCUCCUUCAAGAGAAAUUUGAGGGAUAUCGCCAAACUCUAUGGCACAGAGUCAUCUGUGAGGGCAGUGGAAGAAUAUCGUAAAACUGCAGGCUUGCAGUCCAUUUCCUCAUUAUGUUUCAAAGCUGCAAGAAUAUCUGCUGUCCUAAUUGACGAUGGACUGCAGUUGGACAAAAAGCAUGACCUCGAGUGGCACAAAAGUUUGGUUCCAGUUGUUGGCCGUAUCUUGAGGAUUGAACGCUUGGCAGAGGAGAUUCUUGAUGAGGAGAUGCGAGAUGGAUCUGUUUGGACUUUGGAUUCGUUCACUAAUAUCUUUGAAGAAAGGCUAAAUUCAGUUGCUCGUGAGAUAUAUGGAUUGAAAACUAUAGCUGCAUACCGAAGUGGUCUAGAUAUUGAUACAAACGUUGACAGCAUAGAAGCUGAGGAAGGCCUUCAGCAUACUCUCCGCAGGAAACCUGUCCGCAUAACAAACAAAAGCUUCAUUGACUAUGUCUUGACACGUAGUUUGGAGAUUGCUGUACGCUUUGACCUUCCAUUGCAGAUACAUACUGGAUAUGGAGACAAAGAAUUAGAUCUCCGCCUGGCUAAUCCCCUUCAUCUAAGAACUCUGCUUGAGGACAAGAGAUUUUCCAGGUGCCGUAUUGUCCUUUUACAUGCUUCAUACCCAUUUUCGAAGGAAGCAUCAUAUCUGGCCUCUGUUUAUCAUCAGGUAUAUCUCGAUUUUGGGCUGGCAGUUCCACAUCUUAGCGUACACGGCAUGACAUCUUCAGUCAAAGAGCUUUUGGAUCUGGCUUCAAUAAAGAAGGUGAUGUUCAGCACGGAUGGUUAUGCCUGUCCUGAAACUUAUUACUUAGGUGCAAGAAAAGCACGUGAAGUUGUCUUCUCAGUUCUCUGUGAUGCAUGCGUGGAUGGUGAUUUGUCAGUUCCUGAAGCUAUUGAAGCGGUGCAAGACAUAUUUGCAAGAAAUGCAACUGAAUUCUACAAACUGAAUUUAGCCCCUAAAUCUCUUGUUUCAAAGCAUUCUCUAUCCCCCAUUUUGACGAACAAUAAUACAUCUAUUAUUGAUGCCUCGCUUGUUCGUAUCAUUUGGGUUGAUGCUUCUGGACAGCACAGAUGUCGUGUUGUCCCUGCAAAACGCUUCAAUGAUGUUGUUGUGAAAAAUGGAGUGGGCUUGACGCAUGCAUGUAUGGGGAUGUGUUCAUUUGUUGAUGGUCCAGCUGAAGACACUAAUCUGACUGGGGUGGGUGAGAUCAGAUUGAUACCUGAUUUGUUAACAAAAUGGCAAAUACCAUGGGAGCCACGUGAGGAAAUGGUUUUGGCUGAUAUGCAUAUCAGACCGGGAGAAGCUUGGGAGUUCUGCCCUAGAGAGGCCUUAAGAAGGGUUUCCAGGGUUCUGAAAGAUGAAUUUAACUUGGUGAUGAAUGCAGGGUUUGAAAAUGAGUUCUAUCUCUUGAAGAGCGUGCUAAGGGAGGGAAAAGAAGACUGGUUGCCAGUGGACUCAACACCAUAUUGUUCUACAUCAGGAUACGAUGCAGCUAGGUCAUUAUUUCAUGAGAUUUUUGCUGCACUGAGUUCUUUGAAUAUCCCAGUUGAACAGUUGCAUGCUGAAGCUGGGAAAGGCCAGUUUGAAAUGGCUCUUGGGCAUAAGCCCUGCGGCAGUGCUGCUGACAAUUUGAUUUUCACUCGUGAAGUUGUGAGGGCUGUAGCAAGGAAACACAGCUUGUUAGCAACUUUUGUUCCCAAGUAUGACUUGUAUGAUAUUGGAUCUGGAUCCCAUGUACAUUUAAGUCUGUGGCAGAAUGGAGAAAAUGUUUUCAUGGCAUCUGAUGGAUCGUCACAGCAUGGCAUGUCCAUGACAGGGGAGGAGUUCAUGGCAGGGGUCCUAUAUCAUCUCCCUUCUAUUUUGGCAAUUACUGCUCCAGUGCCUAAUAGCUAUGACCGAAUACAACCAAAUAUGUGGAGUGGUGCAUAUCAAUGCUGGGGGAAGGAAAAUAGAGAAGCUCCACUGAGGACAGCAUGCCCACCUGGAGUAACAGAUGGCUUAGUGAGCAAUUUCGAGAUCAAAUCAUUUGAUGGGUGUGCAAAUCCACAUUUGGGAUUGGCAGCUAUAAUUACUGCUGGUAUUGAUGGCCUACGGAACCACCUUUCAUUGCCUGAACCUGUUGAUACUAAUCCAUCUAGCCUCGAAGGAAAGCUUCAAAGGCUGCCUAAAUCACUUGCUGAAUCUUUAGAAGCUCUCCAAGAGGACAGUGUUAUUAAGGACCUCCUUGGUGAGAAGCUUUUGACAGCCAUAACUGGAAUUCGCAAGGCAGAGAUUGAACACUAUUCAAAGAAUAAUGACGCGUACAAGCAACUUAUACACCGAUAUUAACCUGACAAAUUCCCGCACAUCUUGGAGAUCGGGAACAACCAUCUCUCCAGAUGAACUGAGCUGCAACUCUUGGCCUAUGUGAACAUUUAACAGUGUUAGCUCAAUAAGAGAGCCUUAUCAGUUUGUGUUGUGUUCCGAGAUUUUCCUAUCAGUUUCCGGCACGUCCUACCAAUAUCUCUUUGAUCCUAUAUUGCCAUCGAACAUUGGUGCUGUGCUUCUGAUGCAUACUGCUGAUUCUGCUGAAAGUUAGUUUUGGUAUUUUCUUUUUAGAGCUCUGAUCGUUCUCCUCUGGGCAUCUGAUACGCAAGAGUAUGCUCUAGAACAUUCCAUUCUCUGUUUCGGCAGACAAAUAGUUCCACAAUCUACAAGGUUUGCUUUGGAUUGUGUAGAAAUGGAGUGCGCGGAACGCAUUUGCAAUUGCCUAUGGACUCUGUACAUGGAGAAUGCCAUAAUAAUGACGAUAAACAGAACCUUAAAAUAAAUUGCUGGAGAUCAUGUCA